AUGUCCGGGGCAAUCAAGAUGGAAGGCUUCACGCCUUCCGCGAGACUCUCGUCGCCGCCUCGACCAGUGCUCAACCGCCCAUUCUCGGAUGGCUCCAUGACUGUCGAGUCGUCCAUCCUCAGCUCCCUCAUGGAUCCCGGCAGCUCUUUCCCCUCCAUUAGUCAUGGUCUCUCAAACCCAUUCGACUACAGCAACAUGGUUUCCCCUCACUCGUCAGGCAUUCCUCUCCCUUCCAGCGCGUCACCCCACAGCUUCCAGCCGCAUUCCAUGUUCAGCCACUUCAACAUGGGCACCGAGAAUCGCGAGCCACCGGUGGUUGCCUCGUCGCUCGAUAACAACGCGUCGCGAGAUGACAGAUCCCGUUCGCAGUCAUCAAGUCGCUCGUCGCAUGUAGGCAAGGCGCCUCCGGCUCGUUCGCGUUCUGGGCGUAAGCUGUCCAUGAAUGACAUCCGUCCCAACAUGCAGCAAGGUCGAGGGCGCGCCAUCCAGCCACCGCGGUCUCUUUCCUUCCAGACCGACACCAGGCCCUCCGCCUCUGCUCUUCUCGGCUCGCAACGCGACUCUAUCACUGGUGCCGACUACCCCUUUGACCAGUCGUUCGGUAUCCCGAUCCCAAGGAACGACUUUGGGCGGCCGAUGUGGGGAGGACCCAGUGGCAGCGCGCCUAGCGUGCUUCCUGACAACAUGGCCAGUUAUGGUGGCAGCAUUGACGGCGCUGGCUUGGACAGCCCUGUGACCCCAGCGCAGAACAUUCAGAGCCUGAUUGGCGACGAGACGAGGAAGCAGCGUCGUCGCGAGUGUCACAACCAGGUGGAAAAGCGCAGACGGGAGCAUAUCAACGCCAUGAUCGAGGAACUGAACAAGCUCCUGCCUUCCAAGUUCAAAAUGCCUCUCGAGGCUGAGGUUGCGAUUGAGGACGAGGACGAGGAGGAGGCAACCGCCGACUCGCCCAUCAAGAAGAAGAAGACCAAGCGUGCGGCUUCUACCUCGAGGCAGCAGAAGGACUCUGCUCAGUGCAAGGGCAGGAUUCUUAGCGACAGCGUCCAGUACAUUCGUGAUCUUCAAGUGGUGAACGAGCAGCAGUCAUCCCGUAUUCGCUACCUUGAGAGCCUUCUCAUGACGAACGGUGGUCAGCCGGGUGGUUCGUCGUGGUCGUCGCAGAACCUGGAUGACCAGCCGCGCCGAGACUCGCUGUCGUACGCCCCGGACAAUCUCGAGGCUAUGCGUGCUAGCCCGGAGCCGGAGCGCCUGGUUCCUCUCAACCAGUCAACGUGGAGUGGCUUCAACUCGGCCCUCGUCUUUGAGCCGUCACCGACCGACGCGUCCUCGGGCGGCGACAUGCAGCGCUCCACCCCUCUGUCUUCGGGCUCGCCCGAGACGGACAGCAAGGAUGCCGUCGUGUGGGGCUUGAUGGACUUUGCCGAGGAGCAGCGCUCUGCCGACACCACCAUCACCCAUGUUCGCAAGGACUCUCAGCACGAACUGCAAAACUCUCUCAGCAACAUGGAGCUCGAUGUUCCCCUUGACAGCAGACGUUCUUGGCCCGGCUUUUGA